UUCUUUUUCUCUCAUUUUAGUUUAAAUCAAGCAUCCUAUAUCUGUAGGCCCUUAAUUUUCACGUUGGAGAGAAAAAAAGAGAAAAAAAAGAGAUGAACUAUGCGGGAAGUUCAGCCAAACAGAACAGACUUGAUUAUGUAUAUUUAUAUGCACUAAAAUGUAACCUGUGACGUCGUUGAAGGUACUGGAAACGCAAGAAAAAAGAAAUCAUGAAAAUCGACCACAUGUGAUUCCCUGUGACAUUUGUGGCGGAAUUUAAUUUGUGCUCCUCGCUGUUAUUAUUUCGACGAGUUACCUGAAAUUGUUUUACGUACAUUGACAAGUAUACACAACUGCGUUAACGGCAAUUGGCGUCGUUGAGGGACGUAAUAAUUAUGUGGAGUAUAAAGAGACUCUAUCAAAGAACAUUGAGUAAAUACCCUAUGAGCACGCAAGCGGUGCAAGCUGGUAAACAACAAUUUAUUUAUAAUGCAUGCACGCCCACGCAUCACGCAGAAGAAAAACGUUUACACGGAAUAUUAAUGGGACUCGGUGAUCAGAUCGCCCAGAAUUUCAUAAACGAUACGCAAAAGAUUGAUUUUGUACGCACAAUGCAAUUCACUGGGAUCGGUUUGUGUAUAAGUGGUCCAACAACGACAACGUGGUAUAGGGUUUUAGAUAAAUAUAUAGGCUCUAAAGGUCCCUCUGUUGUAAUUAAAAAGCUUGCUUGCGACCAAUUGCUCUUUGCACCUACAUUCAUAGCGGUUUUACUAGUCGCUAUUGGUAUUUGCCAGAAGAAAGAUAUCGAGGGAAUUAAAAUUAAACUGGCAAACGAAUAUAGUGAUAUCUUGACGAAUAAUUACAAGCUGUGGCCUAUGGUACAACUUGUGAACUUUUCUCUGGUACCUUUGCAUUAUCAAACUCUAGUUGUACAGUCGGUCGCUCUAUUGUGGAACAGCUAUAUUUCGUAUAGAACAAGUUUGGAUAAACAAUAACAAUUUUAUAUAAUUAAGAAUGAUAAAUAUAGGAAUAUAAUUAAAGCAAUAUUCCGAUGUCCGUACACCCGACAAUGAAUUAUAUAUUCUAUUUCUGUAAUAUCAGCAGUAUUUUAUAUUUUAUAUGAAGACUACUUCUUCAUUGUUGAAUCUUGUCAAAAGCGAAGAAUCAUAAAGUUUUUUUAUAUUAGUUAAAAUAAAUUAGUAUUUUUUCUAAUUACCGUUCUCAUUAUCCUGCAUUCCUUUUUUUAUCAGUAAAUAUGCGUAU